UCACUCGGUAGUUGUUUGACAGGAUUCACACAAGGAACUGAUGAGAAGACAGUCGUCAAUAACAUAAUAAGAUGCCGGUGGUGUAUCUUGAGCGGCUUCCAUUGCCAAGUCUUCAGACAUACUCGGCAAUAUCUGCAAUUUUGUUGUCUUUUUCGGUGUUCUAUGCGUAUCAAGUUGUUACCAGUGUUGAGGAAUUUUCCAAAGUUGUGACAGCAGCCUCUGUUGAUGUCCCCGAUACCAAGGAUGACGUGGGACCUACCCCAGUCGAUGGAGGGGAGGCUUCGAGUAUUGAACCUGUAGAGGACUUAAUGAACUUUACGUUGCCUUAUGAUAAUCUCGGAUUGAACAUUUUCCAUGUUCUAACCACAGAAGGAUGGUGUAUUUGGACACUGGUCAAUACUGCCUAUUGCUGUUUGAUUUUAUUGGGGAAAGCAAUACAGAAACAAGUAUUUGGUGACCUAAGGGUCAGUGAGAGGCAGCAUUUGAAAGAUCGAAUAUGGAACUUCCUGUUCUACAAAUUCAUCUUCAUUUUCGGGGUGAUGAAUGUUCAGACAAUGGAUGAAGUGGUGAACUGGGUGGCUUGGUUUACCAUUCUUGGCUUUUUUCAUCUCCUAAUCCAGCUGUCCAAGGACCGGUUUGAAUAUGUAUCAUUCUCUCCAGCAACACCUCGAUGGUUCCAUUUGAAGUUGAUCUCCCUCCUGAGUGCGGUGUUACUGUGUAGUGCCGUCCUUGUGGUGAUCUGUAUCUAUGUUGGCAUGUAUGCUGGAUUCACAAUCUUAGCCUUUAUGGCAGCAGAAUGCUUGAUCCUAGGCUUUCGGACUCUCUACGUUAUUCUUCGAUAUGUGAUACAUCUGGUGGACAUGAAUAUGGAGGGUGUAUGGGAGAACAGGACAAUCUAUAUCUACUAUGCAGAACUUGUGUUCGAACUCUCGGUUCUCUCUGUGGAUUUCGCACAUCACCUACAUAUGCUGCUUUGGGGUAACUUUUUCCUAAGCAUGGCAAGUCUUGUGAUCUGUAUGCAGCUCCGUUACCUAUUCUAUGAAUUCCAGCGCAGAGUCAGAAGACACAAGAACUACCGAAAAGUUGUAAAAAACAUGGAGGCUAGAUUCUCAAUGGCUACAACUGAUGAUUUGAAAGAGAACAAUGACAACUGUGCCAUAUGUUGGGAGCCUAUGGAAACUGCCCGCAAACUUCCAUGUGACCAUCUCUUUCACAAUGGCUGCCUCCUUUCUUGGCUAGAACAAGACACAUCCUGUCCAACUUGUAGGACAACACUCAAUGACAAUCCACAGGAACAGCCGCGGGAACAUGUUCCUGAUGAGCGGGGUGAUGCCCCCAUCAACCUACCUCCUCCAGGACAGCCCAAUAACCGUGCCUUAACCAAUCACUUCUUUCACUUUGAUGGGUCGAGAUAUGUGAGUUGGUUCCCCAGUUUUUCGGUUGAGGUGACCCACACACAGCUACUGCCCCAAGGUCAGCAGUCUCCACCAGUCCAGACCUCUCAGCUGGACAGCAUGGCAAGACAGGUGGAGACGGUUUUCCCUCAUAUACCUCUGAAUGUUAUCAUGGAUGAUCUGAGACAGACGAGGUCUGUUGACUUCACAAUAGAGAAUAUCCUGGAAGGACGUGUGCAAGCUCCCUUGCCCAGUACUUUGGUGACAAGAGCAGCCCUUGGAGAUGCAGAAAAUCCCCAAACAGACGACCCUGCUGCUUCUCAGCUGACUCUUCCUACCACCAUAUCUCGGUCCAGUGUUAUGGAAAUUGAGGCUGCGACCACUGCUCAUCAACAGGAUGAUCAGUACAGUAUUCCCGAUCCACAAAGCAGUUAUGCCUCUCCUGACCCUCUAAGUAGUUACAGCACUGUAGAUCCUCCUAGUGCUCAAACUCAGCCCCAGUACCUUUACAGAAGGGAUGAGGUGCCUGCUCCUACUGGUAGUAGGUUCUCGAAGUCAGCCAAUGAACGGGAGGUGAUGUUGCAAGAUCGGAAGAACUCCAUGUUGGAACAGGCAAGACGACGUUACUUGGAGAAGUGCAAACCAAAACAACAUGAAGACCUUUCAUCUUCAGAUUCUGAUGAGAAUCAGGAGUGCUCUCUAUUACAGAACAACAAUUCUGGUCAAUCAGAUAACAGAGCUAGACAGCGAGAACUGGCCUUUCAGGCUGCACAGAGGCGCAUGCGCUUGAAUGAUGAUGCAAUCUAGGUUUAGCUUGAAUGAUGUUGACGUAAAGGUUCCACUUGAAUGAUAACAAAGUCUAGGUUCUGCUUGAAUAAUGAUGAAAUCUAGGCUCUGCUAGUAAUAAAUAUUCACAGUAAUAGGGAUUUCAUUCGUAGUAAAACUGAACAUGACUUUUUGAUUAAAAGACAUUUUUACUGAUGUCUCAUCAACUCAUAAACAUGUAUAUAAAAGAAUAAAACACCAACUCAUUUUUUUUCCAUACAUAUUUUAAAAUUCAACUUUAUAAAGAGCACCACUUAAUAAUGAGAGGCUUAUUUAGAAUUAACUACAAAUCUUAAGUACAUCAGUGUUGUAGACUGUUAAUCAGAAUGUCUUUAUCCAUUCAUGUAAAUUGUGAUAUGUACAUAAUAUAAAAUACUUCAAAUUGUACAGAAAACAUGUUUAUUUGAAAAUAAUAUGCAGUAUGUUUUUUCUCCAAUUUUCUUGAAAUAUUUAUAUAUGUAAAUGAUGAUUAGAAAAGUCUUUAAUUGACCAUUGCCAUAUGAAGAUACAUUUUGUACUCAUGAUUUUUUGUUUGUUGUGGAAUUUUUUAGUUUCUGCCUGAAAAUCACUGACAACAUUGCUGACAUAUUAAAAUACAUUACAAUAAUUAUUGCAAUCAUGUUUUCUAAAAUUCAUUUUGAUGUAAGCUCAUUUUUGGAUUUUUUUUUUUUUUUUUUUGAAAUUUGGUGGCAGUUUUAUUUGACACUUUGAUGUAAUCCUUUUUUCAUUAAAUUCUGUAAUUAUCAUGUUAUACAUACAGUUUCUCAUUUCUGGUUUAAUUACUCCUUUAUGUAAACUUUUUUUCUGGCACUAAACCCAUGUCUGGUAAUAAGGCUACCCAUACUUAUUACAGUUGAGUUGAAAAUCUAAUAAAAAAAUUUGUUUGUCUGAUGAUAAGUCCAUAUCCUUGGGCUUAUCACAGAAUAUAUACUGUAAAAAUAGUUGAAAUUGUACAUUGUUGCUCACCAUGUUCACAUGUUCUUGUUUGUGAAGAUUUUUUUAACAAAUUGACUGAUAUAUUCCUUUGUGAGUGUGAAUGCUUUACUGGAAGCUUUGCCAUGGACCAGUGAUUAAAAAUAAUCUGGCUUCUACGGUACCGUUUUAUAAUUCCAAUGCUACGUGUCAUUCCAACUGUUAUACAUCACAUGUGAAAACUUCCAUACAUAUCCCUCAAUCAAAUUGAAAUCAGAUCUCAUAAUUUCCCGGCAUUUUCUGUAACUGGUUACAUAUAUGAAACAAGAGGUCUGAUUUUAAUUUGCUUGUUGUUCCAUAUCAGUGUGAACGAUUGUAUGUGAUUUGGAUUACUCCUUCACUCCCUAAAUCAUCCAUCAAAAUUCAGGACAUUUAAUUGGAACUUUCAGACCUUGGAGAUUUCUUUUUAUUUUGAAAAAGUAUAUAUGUUUUUUCUCCCCCAAUUUUUGUUGCCAUGGUAACUACACGUAAUUGAAAAUGGCAUAAAUUAGAGCAUCUAAAAAUAUUUCAAUUUUCAUGAAGACUAUAUAUAACAAAUGCUUUAUAUUAAUAUCAAACGAAAUUGUGCAAGCAUUGAUAUAAGUUUUUUUGGAGAUCUGAUUUUUAGAUCAAAACUAUCAGAAAAAAAUGUCAUGGCUGAAUAUUUGGAUACUGAAAAAGAAACACCUGUUUUUCAAAAUUCAAUAAUGUGUUGAGCUUUGAUGGAAUUUGGGACCAAAAUUUCACACUGUGCAAAAAAAAUCUUUGUUUUGAUUGCAUUUUAGACCUUUAGUAAAUUGAUUCUUUAAACAAGCAAGCACCAAAACUAAUUUUGUUGCUGUUGUUAUGUUGAUAUAUAUAUACAUACACAUUAUAUAUUGAUUGUAUGAAUAUAAGUCAGUUUUGUGUGACACUGCCCGUAAUGUGCAGUAAUAAAGGAAAGGAACAGUUGUAUUAGUAUAUCAAGAUAAAAUUUUUAUUUCAUUUAUUAAUGAAAGUAUGCUUGUUCAGUAGUGUCUGAAAUUCUGAAAAAAAAGUUUAAAAUUUUGACUGAAAAGCAAUAUCUAAAUCCUGCAGAACCUUUAUCCUAAUAUUUCCAUGAUGAAUUUGUGUCUUCAUUGUAAUUUUACAUAAUUCUACUUGUCAUAACAGGCACCUAAUUACAUUAAGUAAUUACAUUCUAUAAAUUUCUACCUGUUGUAAAUACCAGCUGCAUACUUCGUACUUCUACCUGUCUGUAAAAGCCAACUAAGUGACUAACAUCCUUAUUUCUACCUAAAGAAAACCCACAUACACAGUAAAGCCAUUCUGAUUCAUGAUUUCUAUCUGUCUGUAAAAGUUUUGUAUAAAUCUACUUAUUACUAUUGUUUUGAAUUCCUGAACAAUUUCAGGUUUCACUUAAAGAAAUCUGAUGGUGAUGACUUUCGAAGCUACUCUGUUUGUAAGACCUGACUCUAGUCUUUUUAGCCCACCAUCUAUUCAAAUAGAUUUUGGGUUAUUCAAAUCGCCCUGCGUCCGUGGUCCGUCGUCCGUCCGUCCAUCCGUAAACAAUUCUUGUUACCGCUAUUUCUGGAAAAGUACUGGAUGGAUCUUUCUCAAAUUUCAUAUGCAGAUUCCCCUUGGUCCCUAGUUGUGCAUUGUACCUUUUUUGAACUGAUUCGCAUUCAAGAUGGCCAACAGGUGGCCAUCUUGGAUUUUGGAUGUAAAACUUUGUUACUGCUAUUACUUGGAAAGUACUGGAUGGAUCUUUCUCAAAUUCCAUAUGCAGGUUCCCCUUGGUCCCUAGUUGUGCAUUGUACCUUUUUUUGACUGAUUCGAAAUCAAGAUGGCAGACAGGUGGCCAUCUUGGAUUUUGAAUGUAAAAGUUUGUUACUGCUAUUUCUUGAAAAGUACUGGAUGGAUCUUUCUCAAAUUUCAUAUGCAGGUUCCCUUUGGUUCCAAGUUGUGCAUUAUACCUUUUUGGACUGAUCCGAAAUCAAGAUGGCUGACAGGCAGCCAUCUUGGAUUUUGAGAGUAAAAUCUUGUUACUGCUAUAUCUGAGGAAG